UUUGCUUCCACUGAUGAAGCAACUGCCCUCUUGAAAUGGAAAGCAACUUUCAAGAACCAGAAUAAUUCCUUAUUGGCUUCAUGGACGCCAAGUUCUAACGCAUGCAGGGACUGGUAUGGAGUUAUAUGCUUUAAUGGUAGGGUGAACACGUUGAAUAUUACAAAUGCUAGUGUCAGUGCUACACUGUAUGCUUUUCCAUUUUCAUCUCUCCCUUUUCUUGAGAAUCUUGAUCUUAGCAUGAACAACAUCUCUGGCACCAUUCCACCUGAGAUUGGUAAUCUCACUAAUCUUGUCUAUCUUGACUUAAACUUCAAUCAGAUUUCAGGAACAAUACCACCACAAAUCGGCUCAAUAGCUAAGCUUCUAACCCUCCGUAUAUCUGUAAACAAUUUAAAUGGCCCCAUUCCAGGAGAAAUAGGUUAUCUAAGGUCUCUUACUAAGCUAUCUUUGGGUAAUAACUCUCUUAAUGGUUCUAUUCCUGCUUCAUUGGGAAAUUUGAACAACUUGGCUAUUUUGAUUCUUUUUUAUAAUCACCUUUCUGGCACUAUUCCUGAAGAAAUAGGUAACAUAAGGUCUCUUACUAUGCUAGCUUUGGGUAGGAACUUUCUUAGUGGUUCUAUUCCUGCUUCAUUGGGGAAUUUGAACGUGUCUUGUAUGUUUCUUAAUGAUAACAACUUGAAGGGAAAAGUUCCGCAAUGUUUGGGUAAUAUCAGUGGCCUCCAGUUAUUGAUGAUGUCACAUAAUAAUCUCAGUGGAGAGCUCCCUUCAUCUAUUUCCAAUUUAACAUCACUGCGAAUACUAGAUUUGGGCAGAAACAAUCUGGGGGGAGCAAUUCCACAAUCUUUUGGCAAUAUUAGUAGCCUCCAAGUUUUUGAUAUGCAGAAUAACGAACUUUCUGGGACUCUUCCAACAAAUUUUAGCAUUGGAAGUUCACUUAUAAGUCUCAAUUUGCAUGGCAAUGAACUAGAGGGGGAAAUCCCUCGGUCGUUGUCCAAUUGCAAAAAGUUGCAAGUUCUUGAUCUGGGAGAGAAUCACCUCAAUGACACAUUUCCCAUGUGGUUGGGAGCUUUGACAGAGCUGAGAGUUUUAAGAUUGACAUUGAAUAAAUUGCAUGGACCCAUAAGAUCUUCAGGGACUGAAAUCAUGUUUCCUGAUCUUCGAAUCAUAGAUCUCUCUAACAAUGCCUUCUCAAAAGACUUACCAACGAGUCUGUUUCAACAUUUGAAAGGUAUGAGGACAAUUGAUCAAACAAUGAAGUUACCAAGUUAUGAAGGAAAUGGAGAUUACCAAGACUCGGUGGUAGUUGUAUCAAAGGGAUUGAAGCUAGAAGUUGUGAGAAUUUUGUCUUUGUACACAGUUAUAGAUCUUUCAAACAACAAAUUUGAAGGACAUAUUCCUGGUGUUCUGGGAGAUCUCAUUGCGAUUCGGGUACUGAAUUUAUCUCAUAAUCGAUUGCAAGGUCAUAUACCACCACCACUUGGAAGUUUAUCUGUAGUGGAAUCAUUGGACCUUUCGUUUAACCAGAUUUCGGGAGAGAUACCACAACAACUUGCUUCUCUAACAUCUCUUGAAUUCUUAAAUCUCUCCCACAAUUAUCUCCUAGGAUGCAUCCCUCAAGGACCUCAAUUUCAUACCUUAGAGAGAAAUUCAUAUGAAGGUAAUGAUGGAUUGCGUGGAUUUCCAGUUUCAAAAGGUUGUGGCAAUGAUCAUGUGUCAGAGACAAAUUAUACAGUAUCUGCGCUAGACAAUCAAGAAAGCAAUUCUGAAUUUCUCUGUAACUUUUGGAAAGCCGCCCUGAUGGUCUAUGAUAGUGGACUGUGUAUUGGAUUAUCCAUAAUAUAUUUCAUGAUCUCAACUGGAAAUAUGAAAUGGCUUGCAAUAAUCAUUGAAGAACUAGAACACAAAAUUAUCAUGCGAAGGAGAAAGAAGCGGCAAAGUCAAAAGAACUACAGAAGAAGAGACAAUCGUUUCUAGACAAGUUACCAAUUAAGAAGGAUUUGAUUUCAGAACUUCAGAUGCCGAGAAUAAGAAGAUGUUGGCGUAAUGGAUUUGAUUUU